AUGCUAACCGGGGUGGAGCAUCAUCAGCCACUUGCGCCCUCCACAAGAUACAUUCAAUAUGACGACACCUGCGAUCACGACCCCAGACUUCUUAAAGCAAAUAAAAGCCCAUCCAUGCCACGAAAGAGAACUUCAAGGACAUCGGAAACUAAAUUUCACUCCAGCUGGUUCAUAUCUCCAGCUGGACGAACUGUUUCCUCGCCAGCUUGUCGUGAGAGUCAAGCUGGAUGGAGGAAGAUAGAACGCUUGAUACAAGUGACUGUCUUACUUAUUCUGCUACUCCUCUCUGCUCCUGUUUUCGGGCGCUAUGACCGGGGUGGUCCGCAACACAGUAUCACCUGGGGUCGCAGCAACACUCACAACUCAGCAGUCUUCGGGAACCUGCCUACCAAUGUUACUGCUGUUCAGGGACACCGUGCUCGCCUUCCAUGCCAAGUGAAGAACUUGGGCCUUAAGGACGUGUCGUGGAUCAGGCAGAGAGACCUACACAUCCUGACCGUCGGGAUCUUCACGUACACAACUGAUGACCGCUUCAAGGUAUUUCACCCUCCGGAGGCAGAAGACUGGUUCCUGGACAUUAGCUCAGUCACUUUCAGGGAUGCCGGUGUGUACGAGUGCCAGGUAUCAACUAGCCCCAAGGUCUCCCUACCCAUUCAUCUCACCGUCCUGGCUGUACAGGAGGCAGACAUUGUGGGUCCACACGAGGUUUUUAUACAGCACGGCUCCACCAUCAGCCUCCACUGUGAGGUACUUGCAGGAGUGGAGGCAGUGGGAUCCAUACGUUGGCUGAGAGGAAUCUCCACUCUUAACUACAGCUCACCAAGAGGAGGCAUCAGCAUGGAGGUGGAGAAAACUCCCACUAAGACGAUGUCCAGACUUCACAUCACACGAGCGGAGAAAGCCGACUCUGGUAACUACACCUGUGCUCCCACGUACUCACGCCCGGAUUCUGUUAUCGUUCACGUUGUCAAUGUGGAUGACGAAUGGGCUGCACCGGUACAGAGCAGUGUGGGCGUGCUGAGGGUGUGUGUGGGGGUGAUGUGGGCGGCCACCCUCCUAGCUGCUUAAUCCUUCCUGCAUCAACUCCCACCUGCAGAUUGUGAGUCACCCAGAUGUUCAGCGUGUUCAUCUCGAUGUACCCUUCCUGUUCCCAGUUCUACAGCCAGCCCACAGCCUUGUUUGAGGCCCUUCCGCCAACAUCAGUGUAGUGUGCCUUAUAUUUUCGUAGGUUUUCCCCAAUGAUCUCUGUAAUAAACUAUAUAUUUCAACAAUUACUGGUUUCCUUAACCUGAAAGUCUAGUUUGGAUGGAAAGGAAAAAUUUCAAACCUUAAUGGUUUUCAAAAUAGAGAAAAUAA